CUUUUUUUUUCCUCCCCAUUCCAACAUGAAGUCCAAGUUCGCCAACCAUGUCAUUGCAGGAGAAGGUCGCCCCCCAUGGUAUAGGAGCGAUGGCCAGAACUGCGACUGCUAUGUUGUUGGAAUCGCAGGUGGCAGUGCCAGUGGGAAGACCAGUGUUGCACAAAGGAUUAUUAAAAACUUGAAUGUCCCAUGGGUAGUCUUGUUGUCUAUGGACUCCUUUUACAGAGAUCUGAAUGAUGAAGAAUUGGAGAUUGCUCAUAGAAAUGAUUGGGAUUUUGAUUCACCCAACUCGUAUGAUUAUGAUCUUUUAUUGGAAACAAUCACCAAACUUAAAGAAGGCAAAAAGGUCGAUGUCCCGAUCUACGAUUUUGAAACUCAUAAGAGAGUACCGAACAAAGUCAACACGAUCUAUGGCGCCAAUGUAAUAAUUUUCGAGGGGAUCUUUGGAUUGUAUGAUCCCAAAGUUCUGGCAAUGAUGGAUCUUAAAAUCUUUGUGGACACUGACACGGAUGUUUGUCUCGCCAGAAGAAUUAAACGUGAUGUCGCAGAGCGCGGAUUUGACGUCGCAGGAGUACUGAAGCUCUACCAACGAUUCGUUAAACCUUCAUAUGAUAACUAUGUGUACCCGACGAAGAAGAAUGCAGAUGUGGUCAUCCCACGGGGGUUAGAGAAUUUAGUAGCAAUUGAUUUGUUGACAAAGCAUAUCCAACGUCAGUUGCGGGAGCGCAAAAUCCAAUCUAGAUGGGAUAUGGCUAGGAUCAACCCACCGAAUGAAUUGCCUUCCAACGUCAUUGUUCUAGAGAAGACAAAGCAGAUUAUGGGUUUGCAUACCAUCAUCCGUGAUAUCAACACGUCGCGCCACGAUUUUAUCUUUUAUGCUGAUCGACUUGCAACCUUAGUAAUUGAAAGAGCUUUGAAUGAGCUGCCUUACAAGACCCAGACCGUGACUACGCCUACGGGCAAGACGGUAGAUGGCCUUGCAUUAGAUGCUCAUAUCGGAGGUGUCUCGAUCUUGCGUGCUGGUGGGACCAUGGAGGCGGGUCUCCGCCGUGUCAUCCGUGAUGCAGUUAUUGGCAAAAUUUUGAUCCAAACUGACCCCUCAAAUGGCGAACCUCAAUUGCAUUACUGUAAACUACCACCUUCGUUGAAAGAGGACAGUACCAAACACGACAUGUUUAUCUUCUUGAUGGAUGCCGUAGUAGGAACAGGCGCUGCGGGUUUGAUGGCUAUUCGUGUAUUGUUGGAUCAUGAUGUUCCUGAGGACAGGAUUAUUUUUUUGAGUUUCCUGGCAGGUCUCCAGGGUCUACAUACAAUUUCAAGCGCGUUUCCUAAAGUCAAGAUUGUUACAUCGUAUGUUGACCCGGUCCUGAACGCUGAUACCCUCUAUUUGGAGCCUGGUCUCGGAAAUUUUGGAGAUCGGUACUUUGGAACCGAACACGAUGAUUAA